AUGUCGAAACGUGCACAAGAAGAUUCCCCUUCCGACGAAAGGCGAUCCAAGCGAGCUCGGCAAUCAGGCGCACCCGAUCGAAUAUCGGCUCUCAGCGAUGAGCUCGCCCUCCACAUCCUAAGUUUUCUACCCACACAAUCCUUAUUAACCUGUCAAAGUAUAUCCCGGCGCUUCCACAUCCUCGCUGCAGACUCGGAGCUUUGGAAGCGGAAAUAUUAUUUACGCUGGAUCCUGCCUCGAACCCGACGGGCGCCGCAACUUUCGGGCAUAGGCGUGCCGAGUGAAGCGACCAGCUACUCUUCGAGAGUGGUGAGAUGGCUGAAUCAUGGGCGAUCGUGGCGGGAAGGCCGCGAGAUAAACUGGAUGAAAGAGUACCGGCUUCAGCACAAUUGGGCGAAGGGUAGCUGUCGUGUUAGGGAGCUAGAGGUGGCACAGCCGCCAAUUCCGCCCGUGCUUGUGAACCUCCAUGAUGGAAUCGCAUUGACUGUGGAUGGAAGAAAUGGGCUUCGUGCUUUCUCGUUAAAAGAUACGGAGUCAGAUCUGGCCCAUUUCAAGCUCCCUAAUGCUCUCCAGCACGGGCAACCGACGGCUCUGACCGUGUGUCCUGAUAGCAUCUCGUCUGACAAGUUUACAGUGGCUGUUGGAUUCGAGAGUGGCUCAUUCUCUCUAUAUACCUUGGACAAAAUAGCGAAGGAGAUCGUCUGCCGGGUCACAGGCUCACGAGCCGACGACGGUGAAGUCACUGCGCUCGCAUCAUGUCCCGGAUAUUUGCUCGUCUUGUUCGGAAACAAAACCGUUUCGCUCUACCGCGAGACCUCCAAACCGUCGCUUCAACUGGUCGAUUGUCUACAAACCCACAACAUCCGGGCACCGCUAACGCUAUCGUUACGGAUUUUGGCCACCACUGUAAUCGCAUCGAUAGCGUACAGCUUCCUGCGGAUUGGGAACCGCUGGUCUGUUGGCUUACAGGAACUUCGCUGGAACGAAGCCGGAGCCCGGCUGGGCUCUCACCUGGCGACGCCUCUCGACCUCCACGACGUCAGCUCUGCAGGCCACACCGCACGGGCAUCGCAGCCGCACCACACACGCCUGUCUCAUAUCUCCUACUCGCAGCCGCCGACGUCUUUAUCCUACGCGCACCCGUACCUGGUGGCAGGGCACGGGGACAACACGCUGACGAUGCACCUCGUGGUGUCGACCACGGACGGGCUCACAAUCAGCCCGCCGCGGCGGCUCUGGGGCCACACGUCGUGCGUGUCGGGCGUGCGCGUGGGCGACCGCGGCAAGACGGUGUCGGUGAGCUCGCGCGGCGAUGACAUGCGCAUCUGGGAGCUCGAGGACCUGGUGUCGUCGCUGUGGUCGCUGCGGGCAAGGCGGUCGCGCGAGCGCAGCAUCCGCGUGAGCGUCGAGCCCAGGCCGGAGCUGCUGCUGUGCGAGGUCGAGCGCCGCGGCGGGCUGGCGAGGCGCGAGGCGGCGCAGAUGCCCCGGCUGGUUGGGUUCGACGACGAGCAGGUGGUGGUGCUCCGCGAGCAGGGCCGCGGCGCGCCGCUGCUCGACUGCUACGACUUUAGCUAG